AUGACCUUUUACGUGCUUCUUGUGGUCGGACUAAUACUUCCCAGCAUCUCUUCAGCGCUCCCUGCUCUAACUGUGGACCACUAUUCCCGUGGAGUGGACUGGCUGAGCCGCUAUGGCUACUUGCCUCCUGCCGAUGUACGGACUGGGAGACUUCACACCAAGGAGACCAUUGAGAGAGCCUUGAGAGAGAUGCAGCGCUUUGCUGGGCUGCAGGAAACAGGAACUCUUGAGAUACAGUCUGACAGGUCUUAGAUGGUAUAAAACAAACAUCACUUGGAGCGUGCGGAGCUUCCCGUCGCCCGCUCGCUCCCCCUGGCUGCGUCCAGAGCUGGUGGAGAUGCUCCUGACCUACGCCCUGCGCGUCUGGGGUGAGCACACCCCCCUGCGCUUCCACAUGGUGCACCCCAGACCAGGAGAACUGCGGCAGGACGUGGACAUAGAGGUGUCCUUCGAACGUGGCUACCAUAAUGACGGAUAUCCCUUCGAUGGCCGAGGGGGGACGCUGGCCCAUGCAUUCUUUCCCGGGACAGGGGACAUGGCGGGGAACACCCACUUUGAUGACGGGGAACACUGGAGCUAUGGAGAUGUCAAUGGAACCACAGACCUGUUUGCGGUGGCUGUCCAUGAGUUUGGCCAUGCUUUGGGUCUCUCCCACUCCUCCUUCCUUCCAUCCAUCAUGAGGCCCUACUAUCAGGGCUCAGUGGGAGACUUCCGUAGCUACUUACUGCCUUAUGAUGACAAGCUGGGGAUACAGACACUCUAUGGGAAAGGUGUUCGGACACAGCCUACACCUGUGAUGCCAGAGAUGCCAUCCAUUCCCAUACCUGCGAGACCAACUGAUUAUCCAAUGCCUGCCUUUCCUGAUCGUUGUGAAGGAGGUUAUGAUGCCAUAGCCAAUAUCAGAGGAGAGGUCUUCUUUUUCAGGGGGAAAUACUUCUGGCGGGUCCAGCACUCAGGCUCCCUGUUGUCCUUCAUCCCUGCUUUGAUAAAGAACUUCUGGAUUGGUCUUCCUUCCACCUUGGAGAGAAUAGAUGCCGUCUAUGAGAGGGCCAAUGGAAAAAUAGUUUUUUUCAGUGGCGAUAAGUACUGGGUGUUUAAGGACAGGACGGCGCUCCCUGACUACCCUCGUCCACUGGCGGACUGGGGCAUGCGGACACUGGCAGGACAUGUGCCGACCAGACUGGAGGCAGCAUUCGUGUGGGCUCACAAUGGGAAGACGUACCUGUUCGGCGGUGGAGAGUUCUGGAGGUUUGACGAGACAGGUGCUGGCAUGAGACAGGAAGUGGGCUAUCCUAAAUUAGCCACACUUUGGAAUGGGGUGCCUGCACAUCCAGAUGACAUCAUCAGCUGGGGAGAUGGAGACACGUAUUUCUUCAAGGGCUCUUCUUACUGGGUGCUUGGACGAGGAGGGCUGAACGAAGGGCUCAUCAAGGCAAAAUCUACUGCAGUUGACUGGAUGAAAUGUGACCCUCCAGGUGCAGAGCCCACCCCCACAACCCAUGUGACUGCAUCCUGCUUUUGCUCUAAAGGCCUGGCUCACACCACCACAGCGCUGCCCUGGAUCACCACUCUGGCCCUGGCUGUCACCUGCCCAAUUUUACUAUUUUGAUUUUCAGUGUUUUAAAGUUGUAUUUUGUAUAAUUUUAUACUGAGUUAUACACCUGAACGUUUUAAACGUUUUACCUAAUGACAGCGUUUAAAAAUUCUGCAGUUUGGAAAUGCAUUGCAAUUUUAUUGUUGCAAAUAUGAAAUUACCCUGACUUCUCAGAUGUUUUAAGAAAAGACAGUAUACAAGACAGUACAACAACAACAACAACAACACAACACUAAUUCCAGUACCUACUCAUGUCAGAAAGAUGGAAAUAAAGUGCUUCUUUUUUCUGAAUGGAAA